ACUCGGAGGAGAGGAGCGAGGCAUGCAGCAGCCACUCACUCAUUUUGUCAAUUGUUUUUCCCUCUAGCUGACUACCCUACACUCCGAGGACUUGUAAUACACUUCCGAAGCCAGGAUUAGACAGGGGGAAAAGUCCUUUUCCUGUUUUUGAAGACACAUGUGAUCCUGAUUUCAUUUCAGAAGGACAUUCCUGUUGUUAAACAUUUCUACCUAUUAAUAUUGAGCUUCUUGUGUGGUGAGCUCAACCUGCUGUGAUACAAGCAGGGCUGCCCGUUGGAAUUGGCCGUCCUGCAUCAGCGUCGGAUCUCUGGAGACAUGUCUGAAGUCUGACUUUAGUGGCGCUCCAAAGGGGGAGGAACCUCACAGGAUGGUUUGACUUUGAGGAGUCAUCUACGCUCGUGUCCUGCAUCUUCUCUGCUGCAAAGAGAGAGAAGUCGUUGGUUUUCAGGAAGGAGACGUAGACUGGUGUGGAAGUUAACCACCAGGUGUUGGAUGUGAGGGUUUCAUAUUCCACAGACCAGGGAAAAACUUUUCUGUUUUUUUUUUUUUUUACAAAGACUGAGGACUUUUCAAGCUUUUGUUCCACGUCAGUGUUACAGCAUGGCUGGGAUGUAUGGCUGCUUCAAGGGCAGGAACAGUGACAGUGCUGCCAUGGCAUCAGGACCUCCAGAUGUGAUGGCCAAUCAGGAGCCUGCCGAGGUCCAGGAGGAGUGCUCAGGAAAGAAAAAGUCCAAGUUCCAGACGUUCAAAAAAUUAUUUGCCAGGAAGAAGAGAAAGGAGCCGUCAGGGGCUGAGGCAGAGGCGGGCCUUAAAGCCAGCCUAUCGACUGACAAUGUCAGCAAAACAUCCGAGAACAACGCUCUCACCCGAUCAGAGAAGGAUAAGGGCUCUGGGUCAAAGAUCAGCCUGGGCAAUAAGGCCUUGUCCCACGACUCUGUCUUUGUUUCUGACUCAUCGGAGGCCAACGAGGCUAUGGGGGCAUCCCAGGACAGCAUUCACGGGAAAGUGAAAUCACUACAGCUCCAGUUGAAACAGGCCAUCAGACUGGGCUCUCCUCCAUCCCUGAUGUGCGUGAAGCGGACAGAGGACGCUGGAACCAUGUCUGAGGAUGAUGGUCUGCCCUGCAGUCCACCUGAAUACACCCCUCUCCACACAGCCAUGGCUCAGAGGAACAGUUUCAUCAGUCUGGAUGGAAUAGAUAGUGACGACGACCAGCUGGCCUGUGCAGCCUCCAGCAGAGCAAUGAGCCCCCUGGUGGUGCCAGGAGACUUCAGUCAGCCGGCCAGUCCGUUCGGCUGUCUGGACAACUCCGCUGCCAAACACAAGCGAGGCCUGAGACUCAAAGCCUGCAACAAGAGGAAACCUGUCAGUAAGCUGGAGGGGAAAAUGGAGGGAGACUCCAUGGAUGAGAUGCUGAACACAUCUUUAACAGAUGCUGUGGAGGAGCAAGAAGAACAGAUGUCAGAAGCUGUAAGUUUUGAUGAGCUGAAACCAAAAGUGGAGAGGGAGGAGGAGGAAGAGGAAGAAGGAGAAGGAGACAUGGAGGAGGAGAAAGAACGAUCACAGCCUUCCAGACAAUCGCUGUUAAGAUAUAAGGAGGAGAUGGAGGAUGAGUCUGAGGCAGAACAGGAUGUUUCUCACAGCCCGGACAUUUCCUCUCCUCUUGAGCCAAGUCUGUCAGAGGAGGAAGCCCCCGACGCCCAGCCGCCGCCCUCCUCGGAGCCCAGCUCCAGAGCCUCCUCUCUGGACAGUCCCAGAGCCACACCAGAGCCCCCUGCUGGCCCAAGAGAGUAUUUACUCGACCCUCCGGGUAUUGCCUACGGAGCAGAGAAGAGCAGGGUUGAAAGUGAGUUGUCACUGAGAGCAGAUGAAGAUGACGUUCAGGAAAAUGAGGAGGAGGAGGAAGAGGAGGAGGGCUCAUUCCUACAGGAGGUACUGAGCUCCCUGAAAACUCCCCUCACGUCCUCGCUGAGGUUAGAUACAGAAGACGACGUCAUGGAGAUGAAAGAGGAGACAAAUGAAAAGGAAGAAGAAGUGGUAGAGAUGGAAGAUGCGGAAGAGGUAGAGGAAGAGGAGGCAGAAGAGGAUGAGCCUGUCAGUUAUCUGGCUGCUCCCUCUCUAAUGUUGGGUCACACCACAGAGAAAAAGGAAGAGGUUUCUGUUCUCUCCAUUGAAGAAGAAGUUGCUCUUGUUGAGGAAGAGGCAGAAAGUGAUGAAGAAGAAGAAGCAGCAGCAGCAGAAGAGGAAGAAGAAGAACUGGUUGUGGAACUAUUCAUUCAACAUAGUCAGGAAGAAGAAGCAGCAGCCGAGAAAGAGGAAGUGGAGGAAGUUGAACCUGAGGAGGACAAUUAUGUGCUCUCUAGAAAAUCUGAAAUCCACACUCAGGAAGAAAGACGAGAGGAAGAGGGUGAGAGAGAGGAGGAUGUGAUGGAGCUGGAGAACGAGCCACAGGUGGAUGAGGAGGAAUCGGAGAAGAGAGAGGAGGAGGAGGAGGAGGAGGAGGAGGAGGAGGAGAUGAAGGAAGUGAGUUCACGAGUGGAGGAGGCAGAGGAAGCAAUUGAAGAGGAGAGCGAUGAAGCAGAGGAGAUGAUGGAGAACCUCCCUGAUGCAGCAGAUGAAGAGGUUUGGAUCACUACGUCACUGCAGGAGAGAGAUGAAGGUGUAGAAGCUGUGGUCAGAGAUGACUCCACUGAACACUCGAGUGAUGAUGAAAUCCUGACAGAUCUUGGUGAUCAAGUAGUUGACAAAGUGCAGGAGGGGGAAGAAAACUCUGAGAUAGUUGUGGAAGGGGAAGAGAUCGAGAUCUCAGAAGAAAAAUCUGACCGAGAGGACAACGUGGAAACAAAACUUCCUGAUGUGGAUGAAACUGAAGAAGAAAACACAGAGGAAUUAUCCAGUGUAGACACGAUACAGGAGGAUCAAACUGAAGCCACAGCUACUGUCCCUGCUUACCCUUCUUCUUUGUCUCUUCAGGACUUACCUUAUGAGACUCUGUCAGAGGAGAAGGGGGCUGUCUCUCCCAGUAAAACCAGCAUGAUCCACAUAAAUCUUAUCUCUCCCAGCUCAGAGAAAGCCCCAUCGUUCUUCCAGCAGUCUCCAACUGCUGAUGAUAUCAACGACAACAUCACUGAGUCUCCCUCUCAUCUUGAAGCAGCCACAGAAAAAGAAGAGCAAGCUGACACCGUGGAGGAAGUACAGGAAGAAAAACAGUCCGCCUUGGAAGAAGAAGAAGUAGAAGAAGAAGCUACACCUCCUGCAUCUGUGGAGGAAACAGCCAACCGGCCGUCCAGUGGUCCUGAUCAGAGUAAAGUCCGCUUCAUCAUCACGCCCGCCUGGCAGAGAUCUCAGAGUUUGACUCCUCCUUCCUCUCCGCCCGCCGUAGCCUCCUCUUCGACGUCUGCUGUCGCAGGUCCUGGAACUGAGGAGGUUGAAGCUGCAGUGAAGAAGGAUCCAGGUGUGAAAGCAGAGCCGGCCAGUUCGCCCAAGGUGGACCUGGUGCUGAGUCCAGGCAGAGCGAGGAUCGCUGGGAGCACCGCCGUCAAACCGCAGAGCAACACAACAACGUCUCCACCCUGCAUUAAACCACAGGCCUCAGCUGCUGCGAGCACAGAAGAGAGCACUGUCGUAGCGGAGGGAAACCCUGACAAUCCCUUCGGAGUCCGGCUGAGGAAGACGUCCACUCUUCACCUCUUCAGCUCAGAGGACGAAAACACAGAGUCUCCCAUCGAGUCUCCAAUUCAGCCAACCAGCUGUAAAGCUGAGCCUCCGCAGCCAAUCGGUGUUAAGCCUUCCAUAAGUCAGCCAAUCAGUAACAAGCCUGCCCUUCCUAAGAAACCAGAUGUACACGGAGACAGUGGAGUUAAAACCAAGAGCAUCUCAGACCCAGCAGCAGCAGCUCGUGGUGUUUCUGCUGGAUCUGAUUCUCCCAGCUGGAUCUCUGUGGCCAAACAGAAACAGAGGAUCUAUAAAGAAAACUCGCUGGAGGAGAUCACUAUCAAGAAGGACGAACCAGAGAGGAAGUCUUCACUGCCGAUGCACGUCAGCUCAGUGGCAAGCAGGGAGCACAGCACCAAAACAGCUGAGUCCAGCAGCAAAGAGAUGAGUAAACCUUCAGCGUCUGUAGAGAAGGAGACGAGGAGAGCGCUCUCUCCUCCAACUCCAGUGCCAGCUCAACCUUCGAAAAACCAGUCACUGCCCUGCCCAGUUCCUCCAAAGCCCCUCGUUGCACCUGCCGCAGCCAAACCUCCAGCCCAGCCCACCCUAGACCACAGACCUACUCUGGCUCCUGUUCCCCACAAAUCUCCUUCUUGCACAAGCCCGCCACCUCUCUCCAAACCUGCCACCUUCUCCCCUUCCUCCAAGGCACCCCAGCCCCAGAGUACGACCCCCUCCACGCCUUUUUCCUCGAGAACCGCUCCAGAAAAGUCUGCUUCAAGAGCUUCAGGUGUCCCUGGACAGACCCCGUCCUCACAGCGAGGCUUGCCCCCGGCUCCUUUGCCCCAGGACGAGCCCCCGUGGAUGGCGCUGGCUAAGAAAAAGGCCAAAGCCUGGAGUGAAAUGCCGCAGAUCGUCCAGUGAUGGAGCAGGUUUCACUAAGUUUGUGUACUUGGGUCUUAACUGGCUCGAAAAGAAACCAGGAUCUGAAAGGGGGUUGAGGUGGACCGAGAGUCUGGAUGGACCAGAAUGCAUUUGCACACACAGAUUUGUUGUUUUUUAUUUUCUUAAACUCCAUGCUUCAGAUUUCUGAUUGGCACAGACCCUCCCAUCCCACAGCUAAAGACAGGCUUUGUUUACCCUCCUCUCUCUUUACGUCUGUAUUCUUGUGGAGACAUUUUCUACAGGACAGUGUAGGACCCUGAAAGUAACUGCGUCUUACUUGAAGUGGAUCCAAAUUGUUUGUAAGCAGUCUUAGAGAGAGGAGAGGAAAUACAUACAGUCCCACAGCAGUAAGUAUGAAUUUAUUUAAUCUAAGGUAACCCAAACUAUUCAACAUGAUGCCAUGAAAACAUUUCAGGGAAGGAUAGUAGGAGAAAAAAUAAGAGAGAGAGAGAGAGAGAAAGAAAGAAAGAGGACAUUUUAUCCACAGGAGGAAAACACAGACUAAUAUUUGGGUUUCAUUCAUUAAUUCUGUCUUAAGGAUGGGACAGGAUGCUGUUUUUGUGUCUCAAUGGGCGUUUGUGUGUGUGUGUCUGUGCGUGUGUGUGUCUGUGCGUGUGUGUGUGUGAUUUUAAAGCAGAUAUAUAUUUGCCCACAUUUUGAGGAAUGUGGAAAAUAUUCUUGGCCUCAGAGUGCUAUGAGAUAACAUCCAAGCUAAGCUGUAGAGAAAUGUGCUGAACUAACCGACUGGUCAUGAGUUUUGGUUAAAAAAUAUCAAAUCUGCGGGGGGCCUCAGUUUCCCUGUGUUUCCGAUUUUUAAGACAAAUAUAUUUCUUAUAACAUCCACCACAGAUACUAAACCAGUCAUGUUUGCUGUGUUAGCGAGUGCGUGUGUGUCCGACAUGUUUCAUGUUGUCAGUGUAAAUUAUAUUAUUCAUUUAUCUCUUUUGAUAUUUUCAAUACAUAACAACAGGUUAUAUGUCAGCAUCCUGCAGAAAUCUAAACAUCUCCAAAACGUUGGCUGUUUAGGAACUCUCAGUAAAUCCACUAUUACUCUGACCUGUGUGUCUUUUUACUAUUUUUACUGAAUCAUCAUGUUGGCAGCGUGGUGUUUUUUUUAUAAGAAAUUUUCCAUUCACAAAUAUAAGCAUGUAAAUAAAUCAGAGACUGGUUUCCUGCAGGAUGCAAAUCAUCACUAAAGUAAAUGUCACAGCUGAUCGUUUCCUUUGUAUGAAUUGAAGCUAUGUAUCACACAGUUACUAUAUAUGUUUUAUGCAUUCUAUUUUGUAUUGCCUUUGAGGACUUGUCUUGUACAUAAAAUGUGCAGUAAAGAACAAAUGAAAACACCAUU